AUGAUCGCCUUCGCAACUGUCGAGAUAAACUUGACAGAGAGUCGUCAAAAUGAUAAACGGAGAUGGAAAUCCGAAAAAUCUCCCUACUCCCAUUAUGUUAACAUCUGCGAUAUACAGGAUCGCUCCUCUAAAGUACAUUGCUACUGUGAAAGUAUAAAAAUAAAAACAGCGACAAAAGCCGACUGCUGGGUUUUCAACGGGGGCAUUGCAGAAGAUGACCCUUUCUGGUCAAACUUUUAUUCACAGCCGAAAAUAGAAAGACUCACUUUUAAUGUACGAGCGGACGGUGGGCUAACAUUCAUUCCAGCGAAAGUUAUUGUUAGACUAGAUAGAUUACAAUACCUGAAUAUACAGUACGCUAACAUAUUUAGCAUACCGUCCUUCGCAUUUACAAAUUCCACAACCUUGAGAGAGAUAUCGCUGCCAAAAAAUAAAAUUGGCAAAUUGGAGAAAAUGUCAUUCGCCCAUUUAAUCAUGCUAGCUAAUAUAAGUCUCGCUGAAAAUCAAUUAACUGAGCUGCAAAGAGAUGUAUUCUACGAUCUACCCAACCUGCAAAGAUUGCAUAUAUCAAAAAAUACACUGAGUGUCUUACACGACGGUUGUUUUAAGCAUUUGAAUAAUUUAAUCAAAUUGGACCUGAAUAGUAAUUUGUUGACGGUGGUCAUAAGAGAGAAUUUCCAAGGCCUGUCAAAUCUGAUUACGCUAGAUAUGAGAAACAAUAAAUUAAUGAUGAUAGGCGAUCUGGCCUUUGCAGAACUUUGGAGCCUACAAGAACUUUAUUUGGAUGGCAACGAAAUAGAAUUUAUAUCAGAACGAGGGUUUGGCGGAUUGACUCAGUUGAAGAAACUUUCUUUAGUCGAUAAUAAUUUGGCAAUGUUAGAUGACGGAGUUUUCGAUGAUAUACAAAAGUUGAAUUUUCUGGAUUUAAGAAACAACAAACUGGAAACUUUAAAACAAGAAAUGUUGAGAGGUGUUAUAGAAAACAUGAAAUCCAAUUACGCGUUCGUCUCUUUAGAUGGUAACAAGCUAACAUGCGACUGCCGUUUAUCGUGGUUGCAUAAAUUACGUAACGAGACACGAAGUAGACGCGUCAAAGCAUCUCUAGAGCGACUCAAUUGCAUCAUGGACACCAAAUUAAAAACCAACUUAGGUAAUGUAAAAAUUCAAAAUGCUGACACUAAAAUGAACAAACAACCAUUUGAUAAAAUAGACGAAGAAGAUGAUAAUUUUGAUGAUGAUGCAGCGUAUGAUGAUACUAUGCAAGACCAAGAUAAUGUAUUAGACAUUACUAAAAAAGAUUAUCGAAGAAAGUUAAUGGAUAUACCCGUUGAUAUGCUUCCUUGCGCGAAUAAACUUAGUUAUGAAGCAUCUUAUUCUCCUCCCACGCAGGAUGAGGUAAAGUACUAUAAGACUUCGGGUGGAAAAAGCUUGAAGAAUUUAAGUUUACUAACGCUAUUUAUAUUAGCGAAAAUAUUG